AUGUCUGCCCCCGUAGAAUCUCAUCUGUCUGCCCCCGUAGAAUCUCGCCUGUAUGCACCCGUAGAAUCUCAUUUGUCUGCCCCCGUAGAAUCUCGCCUCUCUGCACCCGUAGAAUCUCACCUGUCUGCCCCCGUAGAAUCUCAUCUGUCUGCCCCCGUAGAAUAUCGCCUGUCUGCACCCGUAGAAUAUCGCCUGUCUGCACCCGUAGAAUCUUAUCUGUCUGCCCCCGUAGAAUAUCGCCUGUCUGCACCCGUAGAAUAUCGCCUGUCUGCACCCGUAGAAUCUUAUCUGUCUGCCCCCGUAGAAUAUCGCCUGUCUGCACCCGUAGAAUAUCGCCUGUCUGCACCCGUAGAAUAUCGCCUGUCUGCACCCGUAGAAUAUCGCCUGUCUGCACCCGUAGAAUAUCGCCUGUCUGCACCCGUAGAAUAUCGCCUGUCUGCACCCGUAGAGUCUUACCUGUCUGAGCUUGUAGAGUCUCGCCUGUCUUGUAAAGUGUCACUUGUCUGCAUUUGUAGAGUCUGGCAUGUCUGA